AUGUCGAUUUUGGCCAUGGAUUUAUUCCUCGUCACAACUGCCAUGAUUAAGAAAGACUCGGCACAAUUCGCCCAGCAAAAAAUACUCGAGUCCGGGAAAACCCUCAUUGCGCCAACUUCCCGUAUGCCCCACGAACCCGAAACCCAUUCUGAAGUUUUAAAGGAAGAUGAGGGGUGGAAAUGGGAAAGCAAGGCGUGGUGCGAAGAAUGCACAGCUGCCUCUCAGUUUGACUUGAAGCAGUCUGAUUGA